UAUAAAAUCAAAGUUUUGGUCUUUGGUCUUUGGUCUUUGCAGUUGAUGCGGCAAGCUAAGCUUCGUGUUUGUAUGUUACUGUUACUCUGUUUUUAACUACACCAAAAACCAAACAAUUUUUAUUAGGAAUCACAAAGGUGAAAGUUGUUUAGGUGAUUUUCCUUUCUUUCGGAGACUGAGUCUGGAAGAAUGAACGGUUAAGAUCUCAUGGAGAAAUUUAUUUGGAGGGGAAAAAAAGACUUUUCAGAGAGAAAAUGACUUUUUGGAAUUGGGAAGACAUUAUUCGUAACUCAAAUCGUAUAGUGGAAGAUGGGAAAUACAGAGGCUGGGUUUUUAUUGUUUUUCUCUUCCUUGUAACCCAACAAACAAAACAAAAACAAAAAAGGAGGAUUUCAAGAGAAAGGGUUGAUAAGCUAUAUUUCAAAACCUUUCAUAAUACAAAGUUGAAUUCUUGAUUCUCUAGCAAAUCUUCUUUCCAGACCAAUUGUUUCUCAGUAGAGAGAAAUAACCUCGUGGUUUUGACUAUCAACCCAUAUCUCACUUUUCUCCACUUCAAUUUUAUCUUCACAAUUCAUUCGAUUUCGUUGGGAUCCUGUAGAACAGGGAAUUGGGUUUUUUAGAGCUGAGCUUAUUUGGUGAACUGGGUAUCGUUCUGAUCAAGGAAAAGGCUGAAGGCUGGAGGCUGAAGGGGAAUUGAAACUGGAAUUCUGGUUAUGAGAAAAUGGGGGAAACUGGAAAUGGAAACGCAGCUGCCCUGCACACUUCAAUGAACGCUGUGCAGGCAUUAGGGAGGGGAUUUGAUGUUAACUUCGAUACAAAGUUACUGUAUUGUAAAGGUGUGGCAGGUUCUAGGAUAGUUGAAAUCGAUGAUGAACAUGGUAGGGAUAUCUACCUGGAUAAUCAAACUGUUUUGCCAAAUAUUUCUAGAGAUAUCAAGAACUCCUCGGAGCCUUUUGGCCGUCACAGUUCUGGGGUCUGCAACUUCCAUGAGAUGGUGGAGUAUUUUAACAAAAAAGCUAAUGUCCCUGGUGGUUUUCCGCUCGGUAGUUUUAAUUCUGCAUUUAGCUUUACUGGUUCAACGACUAUUGAUGCUGCGACGACAAAGACACUUGCUAUGGAUGGAUUUUAUAUUCCAGUUGCCAAGUUUCAGCUUACAAAGACCCCAUCAUCAUUGCAAGAAAAUGUUAAACAGGCUGUACCAACAUCUUGGGAACCAUCGACCUUAGCAAGUUUCAUUGAAAAUUUUGGGACGCAUGUUAUUACUUCAGUAACUAUUGGUGGUAAAGAUGUGAUAUACGUCAAACAACAUCAUACAUCACCUUUGUCUACCAAGGAUAUGAAAAGCUAUGUCCAGUAUAUUGGAAACCAGAGAUUCUCCGACAAAGAAAGUCUUACAAGUUCAGGUCAAAUCAAAUUGAAGGAUAAGGAUUCUGGCUUAUUCAACAGUCAAGGGAUAUACCCUCAGCCUACCACUGUGCCAUAUCUUAAUGGGAAAGAGGAUGUUACAGUCAUUUUUCGGAGAAGGGGAGGAGAUGAUCUGGAGCAAAACCACGGCCGGUGGGCAGAAACUGUCUGGUCCUCUCCUGAUGUCAUUGAAAUGACUUUCUAUCCUAUAACUGCUAUGCUUGAUGGUAUAGCUGGAAAGAAGCAUGUGGCUCGUGCUAUCAGUCUCUAUCUUGAAUACAAGCCUCCAAUUGAAGAACUGCGGUAUUUUCUGGAGUUCCAGAUUCCUAGGAUAUGGGCUCCUGUACAGGAUAAGAUUCCUGGCCUUAGAAGGAAGGAACCUAUCUGCCCAUCUUUGCAAUUCAGCAUGAUGGGCCAAAAGCUUUAUGUCAGCCAAGAGCAGAUCUCAGUUGGGCGUAAGCCAGUGACAGGCUUGCGGUUACAACUCGAAGGGAUCAAGAAGAAUCGUCUGAGGAUUCAUCUUCAACACUUAGCUUCUCUUCCAAAGAUCCUACUUCCACACUGGGACACGCAUGUCACAAUUGGUGCUCCCAAGUGGCUGGGACCCGAGGAGCAAGACAGCAGAUGGUUUAAACCUGUGAAAUGGAAGAACUUUUCUCAUGUUAGUACUGCACCAGUCGAAAACCCUGAAACCUUUAUAGGCGACCUCUCUGGCAUCUACGUUGUCACGGGAGCACAACUUGGAGUCUGGGAUUUCGGGUCGAGAAAUGUCCUGUACAUGAAGCUCUUGUAUUCUAAGCUUCCAAGCUGCACAAUACGAAGAUCUUUGUGGGACAACACUCCAAACGGAAAAUCAAAGAAGGUCGUUGCUACUACGGUUAUUACCAACUCCGAGGACUCAGCUAUGACCACACAAGAAAACAUUUCAAACAAGUUGGCAAAAUUUGUCGAUACAUCUGAGAUGAGCAAAGGGCCACAAGAUCCACCCGGUCAUUGGUUAGUUACCGGUGGAAAGCUUGGUGUUGAGAAAGGCAAAAUUGUUUUGAGAGUGAAGUACUCAUUGCUGAAUUAUUGAAUCUCGCCAAGGAUUUGCAGCAAGUUUUUUUUUUUUGGGGGGGGGGCAUGUACAUUGUGUUCAUGCUUGUAAAGAAUUGUGCUUUAAUGAGAGUUUGGUUUGAGUAGUUGGUACCUAUUAAGUUUAAUUCGAUUCGAGAUGAAAGGUUGAACC